CAUAUGAGAGCAAGUUCCAAAUCGAGCAACACAAGUCCAGAGAAUGAAAAGGAACACACUCAUGCAGCCAUCAUCGUCGAUGACCAUGAUGUGACCGAGUCAGAAAUUGUGCCUAAAAUUGUGGAAGGAUCCUUGUCGACUUCCCCUUCUUCAAGCACUUUAUCAGAUGAAGAUUUCUUCCAGAUAGACACAGGUAAGCACAGCAAUUUGCAGUCUCCUUCUCAUGUGGUGUUAUAUACAACCGGAAUCAGGUCUUGAAUUCGCCAGUAAACAUGAGAUGAAAAAUGUGACACGAGAUGAAUGAAUAUAUGACUGUUGAACCCAUUUUGUCAGGUAAAGUGCCGAUUGGAACACCAUUCUCUCCCUAUGCUUCUGGUGAUAGUCUUGGAUCUGAUAAUUUUGUCAUGGUCGGGGCGAAGCAGUCUCCAUCAAUUCAGUUAAUGGGAAGAGCAGAUGUCCCUGAUCCAAACAGGAUACCUUCUUCGGUAUUCGAUAGGACCAAGUCCAACACACCGAUGGAAUGGAGUGUGGCUUCUAAUGAAUCAUUGUUCAGUAUCCACGCGGGGAAGUCCGGAGAUCUGACUAGCUUGUACGGCAACCAUUCGGAUGGAUUUCCUCCACCACUUAGCGGCUCUUCUCCAGCACGGAGUGUCGGAGUAGGAUCUAGUUUACGGCAACCGGUUGAAUCUGAAGUAACAAGUGCCCAACCCAAGAAGGAUGUUUUGAAGGCGAUCACAGAGGAGCAUGCUGAAAAAGAUAGACCUUCUACGCUUGGCAAUAUUCCCCAUUCCGAUAGCACACCUCGAUAUUCUGAUUGCGGCAGCGUGAACAGCUAUCGUUCUUUUGCAUUUCCGAUGUAUGUACUCGUUCUAACCCUCUGUCAUUUAACUGGUACGUACACAUGAAUACACUGAGAUUGACAUACAUGCUUGUGAUGUCCAUUCUUAUUAUCCUCGAAUCUAUUCGAAGCAAAACAUGAGAUGCUUGAAGCCAGAUAGAUACAAUUCAAGUUUGGCUAUAUGGUGCAACUACUGUUUUAUAUUAAGA